AUGGUUUAUUAUGACAAGAUAAACUUGCAAGAAGCAGUUACUGCAUCCAGUGACAUUACUGGACCGUUUAUCAGCGCUGUAGGAGAGGAAGCAAUAAUUGUUGCUCAGCAGUGUGGUGCCAGUAGGCAACAAGAGUUGGAAGCAUCAAAGAAAAAAAAGGAGGAGAACCGAAUCAAAAGGAUGGGCCAUGCUUAUGGUCGCAAAAAAAUAAGUCAAAAGACAACAAACUCAAGUUCAGGAUCUUUCGCCGUAUCCCCUUCACCUUCGAAAUCUAUUUCUUCUGGCAGCAGCUUGGUGGCGACAAGCACUUCUCCCUUUAAAGCUUCCCUGUGCAACACCAUUGAAGACACACAAGGUGUAAAACGGAAGAUAUUUGAUCGAACGGAAUCUGACAUCCAAGAUGUGGUAGUAAUCUCCGACCUUGACGAAGCUUAUUCUGAGGUCUCAAAUGAGUUACCGCCAACUCCUCCACCUAGUAGAUUAUCUUCCCUACUGGCAGCUCAGACUGUCGCUAUUGGAAAGCGCACUGUAACUGCCCCAGAUCCAGCGACUGGCAGGAAGACUUUCUCGGCGUCCUCGGAUGAAAAUGUCGCUGCGUCAGCUGCCCUGACACCUCCGGCUUUCGCCGUUAGAAUGAGGACAGCAACUGCAAGUGGCUUAGUUCCUGAUGCCUAGCAGGAAGACUAUCACGUCGUCUUCGGAUGACGUCGCUAUUUUGGCUCCCCUGACAGCUCAUAAAGAAAAAAAUCCCCGUUUGUUUUAUAAUUGUAAUGAUUUUGUUUGUACAGCAUUGUAUUAUGGCUACUUCUUCUCUCAAUUUCCUAAGAAAAUAAAGAAUUCGGAAUAAA